AGCCGAGCCAGCCGGCCGGGACCAUGGAGCCCUUGUCUCUGCAGGACUUCGCGCGCUGCCUGGACCCCGCCUCCCUGCCACGCGUGCUGCGGGUCUACUCCGGAGUCUACUCCGAGGGCUCCAUCUACGAGAUCUGUGGGAAUGAGUGCUGCCUGUCCACAGGAGACCUGAUGAAGGUCACCCAAGUUUGCCUGCAGAAGGUGGUCUGUGUGAACCCAGGCACAGGCCAGACACUGGAGCUGCCCCCCAACUUCCAGGGCUACUUCAGCCCCCUCUCCACCCCAAAGAGCUACAGGACCCUGCAGGAGCUGGUCUCUGCCAAAACUCCGAGCACCACGCUGCUGCCCUUUUGCUUCAUGUCUACUCGGAGCAUUGUCACAGAGGCUGGGGUGGUGCCCAAAGAGAAGCCCCUCACGCUCGAGGCCAUGGAAGUGUACCGCGGGACCCGCUGUGCGCGCUGUAACCUGGGUUCCCAGGGCCUGCAGGUCAUCCUGCACCUGCCCCUGACCCUGGAGGGGCCCUUCUGGAUAUGGGAGCCUGGAGUCCCCCAAACCCUGCUCCAGGUCCUGCAAGACCCAGCCCUGAAGGACCUCCUGCUCACCUGCCCCGUCCUCCCGUGGCACUCUGUGGUCCUGAGGCCGGAAUAUGAGAUCCAAGCCAUCAUGCACAUGCGCAAGUCCGUGGUCAGGAUCCCCUCCACUCUGGAGGUGGAAGUACAAGAUGUCACCGCCACCUCCCAGCAUGUCCACUUCAUCAAACCGCUGCUGCUGAGCGAGGUCUUGGCCCGGGAAGGCCCCUUCCCCUUGCCCACGGAGAUCCUGGAAGUUCCGGAGGGCGCCCCCAUCUUCCUCAGCCCGUGGGUGGGCUCGCUACGGAAGGGCCAGAGCCUCUGCAUCUACGGCCUGGCCUCGCCGCCCUGGCGGGUCCUGGCUUCCAGCAAGGGCCAGAAGGCGCCCCGACACUUCGUGGUCUCCGGGGCCUACCAGGGCAGGCUGCGGAGGCGGCCCCGGGAGUUUCCCACAGCCUAUGACGUCCUGGGUGCGCUGCAGCCCGGCCGGCCCCUCCGGGUGGUGGUGACGAAGGACUGUGAGGCUGGGGACGAGAGCCCUGCGCUGGCUUCCGUGGCUGUGGGCGACCGGCUGGAGGUGUUGGGGUCCGCCCAGGUCCUCGGGACCCAAGGCCAGGACAUAGAUGUCUUGAUGUGCAUGCGGCUGAGCGAGGAGGCUGCGGAGGAGGAACAGGAGGCAGUGGAGGACAAGGGCCAAGAGCAGGUUCUGCUGCCCCUCUACCUGCCCUGCGGCUUCGUGGAGGAGAUGAGCGAUGCCCGGCGCUACAGCCUAGCAGAUCUCACUCACCGGUUGCCACUGCCCUGUGAGGUCAAGGUAGUGACCAAGGACACUGGCCACCCUGCCGACCCUCUGGUUUCCUUCCCGGGCCUGCGGCUGGAAGAAAAGAUCACAGAACCCUUCCUGGUGGUGGGCCUGGAUGCCCAUCCGGAGAGGUGCUUCGAGAUCCCUCCCCGGUGGCUGGACUUGACUGUGGUGGAGCUGGAGGGGCAGCCGGACCACCUAGCCGGGCCUCUCCCGGUGGCCACCGUGGAGGAGCUGUCUGAAACCUUCUACUACAGUCUCCGGAAGUUACCAGCCAGUGAGAGCCAGGCACCCCCACCCAGGCCCCCGAAAAGCCAGGACCAGAGGGAGCAGAGGAGACAGAGCUGCAAGGAGGGCAAAGCCAAGUCUUCUCGAGACUUAGGACUGCAGUCCCCGCUGCUGCCCAAACCCAAGGCAAAGACUUUGGCAGAGGCCUCCAAGAACGUAUACAGCAAGAUUUCUCCCCAGAGGAAGGGCCUCUGGGCCAUGAAACCCCAAACACAAGACCCAGUGCUGGGGAUUAAACCCAGGGCCCCAUUCGCGGUAGGCAGGCACCCUACCAAUGUGCCACAUUCCCAGCCUGUCCUGGACCCUUACGCAGAUAUGGAUGAACAUGACUAUGAGGAAGUACUUGAGUGUUUCCAGAAAACUAUCUAGGUACUAGGGGAGCCAUGCUUCCAAACCGCUGCUUCUCUGGGAUUCGGGAUACCAGACAACCCUUCUGAGCCUCUAGAAGGCCAGGGAUGAAUCACAGAAAUCAGACUCCGACGUGGAGAGGAACUGAAAUGGGGUGGACACUGCGCUGACUUCCUGUGGGUUCUAGGUUCCCACUACUGGGUGGGGGGCUGGGAUGUUGGGGCACAGCCUCUUGCAUGUGACUCCCUCAGCUUCAGAGCCUUGGUAUCCAGAGGAGCAUGCUGGGUUCUGCUCAGUCUCGCAUCCCCACUGGUGCCCCGGUGAUGGACGCAGAGAAGGCAGAGGCCACCAACCCCAGUGCCAGCUGUAGAGGAGACUUGAUCCUGAUCACAGUGCUGAGAGCCCUUUAUGUGUUUGCCACCCUCUUGGGCUUCUCUCCUGCUCCUGCCUUCCUGGCUCUAAGCACUUGGGAGACCAGGGCUGUCUCAUCCCAUCUCAGCACAUGAACAUGAUUAGCCCUUAGUAAAUGGAACUUGCACAAAUGAAUGGGGAAUUUGGCUUCAAGAGCAGAAUCUCAGGGCCUCAAAAGCUGAUGCUGAAACUCAGGGAGCCAAUUUACAAAGAACCUUACAGAGACUCAAAGCUGCAGAAACCAGCAGGUUUCCUUGAGUGGUGCUAAGAUAUUGAUAAAACCAUGAGUGGCUAUCCAAGAGUGCUUUUUUUCUAAAGCAGUGGAAUAAAGAUGAUGUCUGAGCUUCUGUAUGAAUAUCAUUUAAGUUCACUGAGGCAGGAAGAUCAUAAGUUCAAGGCCAACCUGU